CGUGGUAGCUGAAUUCUAUCGAGGUGGAAAGGAAAGGUCCGUCUGGUAAGAAAGGCCCUCCUCGAGCUGGACGGGUUCGAGGAGGCUAAGAGCCAACACUAGAAGAAGCGGAAGAUGGUGCUGAGUGUUACUAAGAAACUGAAUUCAACACUGGCUGACGGUGUAAUUUGGUGUAAUUUGGUGUCAUUGAGAGUGGAGUGGUGAUUCUUAUCAUGUUCUGUGGGUUGGAUCGCCGCCUCCCCUGGUUUGCCUUCGCUGCGGCGGUCCAGGACUUUGCAAGCGACGGUUCGAUGCAGUAGUAGCGCUGGUGAAGAGCGCCACUGUGCUCCGCGAUCUUACGGUGGUUGGGUAGGCUAAUUUUGAAGGGGGCGCAACUUCGGACACACUCUUUCAUUAUGAUGAUGUGCCUCCCUCUUUGUUGAUGGAGUACAUUCCUGCCAAGAAUUCGGCAGACGUCAAGCUAGGGAGGGCGAAGUUGAAGUCGCCUUGGAACAGAAGCUUAGAAUCCUAGAGCGGUCAGCAGCAACAUUUGCACCAUCUUCUCAAUCUCAUACAAUUGCAAGUUCAUUUUGCCGUUUUCUAAUGAGAAAAUCGAAUCAAGUGGCACAUCGUUCGUUUGUUGAAACUCCCGACAGCCACCGAAGAAGCUCAUGUGUCUGAAUCUUGUGCACUUCAUUCCUGGUCAUGGCGAAUGGCAACCUCCCACGCCGCAUCUACAAUCCAUUUCCUGGGCAACCGAGAGGUCUGCAUUUUGUGCGCGGUCAUCUCCACUUCAAUGCUAGCAACUUGACCUCAAGGAAACUGUUUGCGGGGAAGAAUUUCCUGGUGUCUUGGGACUCCGAAGCUGGCUGUCUGUCAGUUCACCACCGUAACCAGCAGGAUCGCACUUUGUGGGCCACACCUCGCCAUGGAGGAUUCGUCUAUGCAGCAUUGGGCGAGUCGACCACCUAUGAAAGCCGAGGGUCAUACUCUCUCUAUGACAAUGUUGAGAUGCAUUUCACUCACCAGACUAUCGAGGACAUUGGCACUUAUACUGAGUUUCAAUCACGCAACGUUUUUGAAGGUCCAAAUUUUUCAAGAAAUUCCAAACUAACGAAAUGUUGUAAUGAUGCCGCAAUCGGGAUCGAUCGUUGUGGAAUUGAUUUGGUGAAUCUGAGAAGUCCGAGGGCUCACAACGAUCACUCCGAAGUCGAAGUGGAUCCAGACGGAACCACUCUCAAUCGAGACGAGGGUGAUGCAAUCGUUGUGCUCACCGGGUGUCUGUACACAAAUUGCAAGCUAGCGAAGGACGAGCUUCGGCUACACGAUCGCAGAAGAAGUUGUGAGGAGAGGAGCCAAUUCCGUGAAAGGAAUAACAAUGACGAGGAAAUGGAUGCCGCCUGGUUUGCGGUUGGCCCCGACGGCGAUGAUCUUAGAGCCGGAGUGCGCUACAAACUGGUGUUCUCUGAGAAAAGGGACAACCAGCUAGGCUUUCACGUUGAUGGAUUCCCCUUUCAGAAAGAAAGCAGAGACAUUUUUCUCAUUCAAAGCUGGAGGUUCGUGGAAUCAUCUAGCGAGCUAAGGUUAUGUCUUGAGAAACAAUCGUCCACGUUUCGAAGGCUGGUCCCAGAGCUUGGAUGUCAGGGUCGAAUUUUUAGUUACAGGCUUGGCGACGUCGAUCGAUGCCACAGGGGUGGUUCUUUUCGGGGAUUGACAAGUGAGAAUGGUUCAGGAUUUCAUGGAGAUGACGAAAUGCAAUGCAUGCCAAAACUUAAUCGCGUCCUGCUCACCUAUGCUUCCGAAGCAGGAGAAAAGUUCUAUGGAUUUGGGGAGCAGUUUUCGUGCUUUGACAUGAAGGGAAAACGGGUGCCUAUCAUGGUUCAGGAGCAGGGGAUUGGGAGGGGAGAUCAGCCCAUUACAAUGGCAGCUAACUUAGUCUCAUACAGGGCAGGAGGAGAUUGGCACACAACUUACGCACCUUCACCACAUUAUCUAACGUCGGAUAUGAACUCACUCUUCUUGGAGGGAUAUGAGCACUGUGUCUUUGAUCUUACAAGACCCGACUGCGUCCAACUUCAAGUGCAUGCAGGAAGCAUGAAGGGGCGAAUCCUUUACGGUCAGAAUCCACCCGAACUCAUCAAAGAGUACACGGCAGCAGUGGGCAGAAUGCGUGAACUGCCUGCUUGGAUUACGAAGGGCGUAAUAGUGGGGAUGCAAGGUGGUCACAAAGCGGUGCGAGAUGUAUGGCGAAAAGUGAAAGAGUAUGAUGUGCCGCUCUCUGCUUUCUGGCUACAAGACUGGGUGGGGCAGAGGAAGACCAGCGUCGGGUGGCAGCUGUGGUGGAACUGGGAAGUGGAUCGUGACCACUAUCAAGGAUGGGAGGAAUUGGUUCGUGAUUUUAAGGCCUGUGGCGUCAAGACGAUGACAUAUUGCAAUCCAUUCAUUGUUCCGACAGACAAGAAAACAAAUCGGCAAAACGAUUUGUUCACCAUUGCGCAAAAGGCAGGAUACCUGGUGUCAGACACAAUCGGGGCUACAUACAUGAUCCCCAACACAAGUUUCGAAGCCGCAAUGCUGGAUAUUACCAACCCAGAGACACGCCGGUGGUUUAAGCACCUUAUGUAUGAAAUGGUCAAGACAGGCGUUUGCGGAUGGAUGGCUGAUUUCGGCGAAUCGCUUCCUUUCGACUGCUGUCUGCAUUCAGGCGAAGACCCAGCUACUGCUCACAAUAAAUACCCGGAAAUGUGGGCGGAACUGAAUCGUGAGUUUGUCGAAGAGUGGGAGCAAGAGCGACUUGUUGAGAAGCAGAAGAGAAAGUUGCAAUCACCGGUCGAUUCAUCAAGAAAGGCCGAAGACUUCAAGGACUCCGACGAAGACGACGACGAUGACACGCUUGUCUUCUUCAUGAGGGCGGGCUACCGAGGCAGUCCGCGGUCGGCAACGUUGUUUUGGGAGGGUGAUCAAAUGGUGAGCUGGGGAGCAAACGAUGGAAUCAAAAGCGCAGUGACGGGGUUGCUGUCUAGUGGAGUUAGUGGAUAUGCGUUCAAUCACAGCGAUAUUGGAGGCUACUGCACAGUUGAUCUCCCCUUCAUCAGGUACAGCCGCACUGAGGAGCUUCUUCUGAGGUGGAUGGAGCUCAAUGCCUUCUCCGUCAUAUUUCGCACGCAUGAGGGGAAUGUCCCGAAAGCGAACACCCAAUUCUAUUCUAAUGACACAACUCUUCGGCACUUUACUCGAAGUGCCAAAAUCUACAAGGCUUGGGAGUUUUACCGUCGUCAGUUAGUCAAGGAGGCAGCAGCAGUUGGGAUGCCCGUCGUUAGGCAUCUAUUUCUCCAUUACCCAGAGGACAAGUACGUUCAAACCAUAGUUUACAAACAAUUCUUAGUUGGGAGCGAGAUUCUUGUCGUUCCAGUAUUAGACAAAGGCCACACACAGGUGCAAGCAUAUUUUCCCAGCGGUGAUGUCUGGGAACAUGUGUGGACGGGUCAUCAGUACAGAGCCCCAGCUACACAAGGUCUUAAGGUUUGGGUGCAGGCACCCCUUGGAUAUCCUGCUGUAUUUGUGAAGAAAGAUUCAUGGGUCCGCCAGCAGUUCAUUCAUAAUUUGGAAAAAGAGAACAUACUUGAGAAGACUUGGUAACACAUUUUUUACCUAACUAUUUUAGAGAAGCCUUUUCAAAUUGAAUAAGCCUAAAGUUGAAGAAAACAGGAUUCUUUCACACGUUAAUGAUGUACAUAGAUUGAUGUACAGGGAUUGUAGCAUCUUUCGAUACCGAAAGUUGUACAGGCUCGUGUUUAUACUAGUUUGGAAAGCAGUGGUAUGCUGUAAAGGAUUUGAUUUC